AUCCGACAAGAACGAGUUAUAAAAGUAAUGUGGAAGUGAGCAGACCCGCGCAUGGAAAUUCAAAGAUUUAAUAUGCAUCGUUUUAUUUUACUUAUUCCCAUAGUGUUAGCUUACCAAAAUGAUCCAACGAAUCAGUUAGAAGACUUUAAAGACAUAAAUAAGAUACCUAUAGGCUUUAUGACAACAAGCAAUGGCGCUAUGGUUGAAACGAAACAUGGAUCAAGUACAUUGAACACAAGACUAAUACACAAUGAAUACUUCAUGGAUUCCCUAACUCAUUUAUCUCGGGAGCGGAUACCAGAGCGUGUAGUACACGCAAACGGGGCCGCUGCCUUCGGCUUUUUUGAGGUAACCCAUGACAUCAGCCACAUUUGCAGAGCACGAUUAUUCUCAUCAGUUGGAAAGAAAACGCCUAUAGCAAUAAGAUUUUCGACAAUUGCCCCUGAAAGAGGUGCAAGUAAUACGGUAAGGGAUGCCAGAGGCUUUGCAGUCAAGUUCUAUACUGAAGAUGGAAACUUUGAUAUCGUCGGUCUCAACCAGCCUACAUUCGUCAUAAAGGAUCCACUCUUUUUCACUACCUUUGCGCAUACAAUGAAACGCAACCCUGCAACUGACCUACCAGACGCGAACAUGAAAUGGGACUUUUUAACACUGCGUCCAGAAUCAUGGAACACUUUUAUCAGACUCUUCGGAGAUAGGGGUAUAUUUGACGGCUAUCGUUAUAUGCCUGGAUUCAGUAUACAUACAUACCAAGUAACGAAUGAAGCUGGCACUCCUUAUUUCGUCCGAUUCCAUUUCAUUCCAAAUGCGGGCGAGAAGACAUUAACAUCAGAACAGGCUGCGAAAAUACAAUCUGUGGAUCCAGAUUACGAAAAACGAGAUCUGUAUAGAGCAAUUUCUGCUGGUAAUUUCCCAUCUUGGUUGCUCGCCCUGCAAAUAUUGUCUCUGGAAGAUGUUAAAAAUGCGGAGAUUGAUGUUUUUGAUAUUACCAAAAUUCUACCGGUUGAAAUGUAUCCAUUACACCACGUUGGGCAGCUAGUUCUAGAUAGAGCUCCAGAAAACUUUUUUGCUGAGGUCGAACAGCUAGCAUACAAUCCAGCUAAUUUAGUCCCUGGCAUACAAGGUGGUGUCGACAAACUAUUUGAAGCGCGACGUUUAUCUUACAGAGAUGCACUUUAUUACCGUUUAGGUGCAAACUUCAAUAACAUUCGUGUUAAUUGUCCAUUUAAUACUAAACCUCUGACAUAUAAUCGCGACGGUCGACCGCCAGUGAAAGAUAAUCAAAAGUCAAACCCAAAUUACCACCCAAACUCGUUUAAUGGUGCAGUUGCAUAUGUGGACUUUAAUUAUUUUGAAGUAUUACAAAUUAUUGAAAAAGAACCAAAUAAUACCGAUCAAAUACGUGAGUUCUAUUUAUAUGGAAUGUCGGAUGAAGAGAGAAAUAGGUUGGUUGAAAAUAUUCGGUCCAGUUUAGUAUCAGCUGCAAGGUUUCUGCAAAAACAAGCAAUUGCUUUAUUUGAAAGCAUUCAUCCAGACUUCGGGUAUAGAGUGGAUCAAGCUCUAGCUUCGAACACAACGUUGCCUUUCUAAGUAAUAUUGGUUAUAUAUAGUUAAUCUUAUUUUAUUUCGGUGUCAUUCUUAUCUCGUGUACUGGCACGGAUUUUGUUCUUAUCUUAAUUCGCGGCAAAGAACGUUUAACAUGAUCAUAACAACGAGAAUAUAGUAAUUAAAACAAUCCAUUAGAUUCUAGUAAAUUAUUUGUGUUCCUCGAAACAAGAAUAAACAUUCGUCAUACAUUAUGCUUGAUUUGUAAUUGUUAUUUGAGUCAUUUUGUAAUUGGAAUAUCGUAGAUUUUCCUUUAACACAAAUGUUAUAUCACACACAUAAACAAUAUAAUCUGUAUAUGUAACAAUAAUGUUUGUUAAAAUCGAGUAAUGUAUUAGAGGUAAAGAUAUAAAGAGUUUUCUGUUUUUAAAUCCAAUUAUUUUAUCAGACCUUGCGAUAAGAACUGAGUAGCUACAGCGAAUUAAAAGCUUUUCCCUGAUUAAUCGGACUAAAUAAUAAUUAAUUGGUGUUUUAUUUGGUUAUCUGUGGAUUCGAAGUUGUAUAUUUUAGCGAGGUACUGUGGUACUUUUUAAUAAUGAAAUUAUUAAUUAUGGUAUUAAAUGUAACAAAUAAAAGUGUUUUUUUUAAUUCAA